AUGGAUCCCCCCGACCCCUUGCCGCUCCGAAUAACGAGGAGCGCCUCCUCCUCCUCGUCACUUCAUUUCAAGCCGCGCGACCGAAAGCUUCACCUUCUAGUGGCCGCUAAUGGGCCCCGCGACAUAUCAUGGGCACAGGCUCUCGUCGUCCGUCUCUCCAAGAGUUCGGCCAUUGAGAUGCGCGCCAUCGUCGACGACGCCGUGCCCCGCUUAAGCCAGACUGUCAUCACUAUGCAGAACCGAUCCAUGACACUGCCGCUAGGUCCGUCGCGUGCCGGCUCCGAAGCAGACGUUGACGAUAUUGAGUUCUACCGCCAGCAGGCAUUCGAGCUGGUCGAGUGGGCUGAUCUCCUGGUUCUCGCCCCGAUCGAUGCCGACAACAUUGCCAAGAUGAUGGUGGGAAUCGCGGAUACUUUCCUUCUUGAGGUGCUUCGCGGCUGGGACACAGCGAAAAAGGUGCUUCUCGUCCCUGGGAUGAGCACGCACAUGUGGGAGAACCCGGUAACGAAAAGGCAGUUGAACAAAAUCAAUAGCAAAUGGCCUUGGGUGCGAGCUAUGCCACCUAUACUCUGGCACUACGACAGCGCACACAAACACCCGAAGCGAAUUGUCAAUUGGAACGGCUUCAACGACGUGUUAGGUAUCAUCAAGAACCAAGCCGACUUGCUCGGCCUGGGUCGGGAUGUGGACGUCGUCACCCAUCUCGGUUACCUCGCUUCGGGUGAUCCGCGAGUAUACUCCAAUUUGCCGCCAGAGAUCUGGACUAUUAUUCUCGACUUUGCCGACGACUGGGAGUUGGCGCAGGCGUUAGGGAUUUUCACCAACCUGCCCAUGCCAUAUCCUUGGAAGCUACAACCCAGGAACCCCAACGAUCCGGUGAAGGUCUACGAGCACGAAUUGGAGUGGCUCGUACUUACUUGCGACUCCACCUCUAUUUGCAAAAAGCUGCUUCAGUCGCCGCCUACCUUCCACGAACUCCCAGCACUCGUCAUUAAGCUUCUUAUCCGCUUCUCGCUGAUUGAAGUGCUUACCUGGAUGGAGGCCAACCGCCCUGAUCUCUUCCAGGCUUUCGACGGCAAGGUCCUCGCGACCAAGGCUUCCGCAUACUUUGGACGCUCCGACGUCCUUGAUUAUUGGAAGGAGAGCCGAUAUUUCCGUGGUCGCCACCAACAGUGCUACGAUGCCGAAGCCCUUGAUGGGGCGUCCAAAAACGGCCAUAUACAGAGCCUGGACUGGUGGUGGCGGCGCUCCGGCUUACCGCUCCGCUUUACCGAGGCUGCUCUCGAGCAGGCCAGUGGAAAAGGUCAUCUUCUCGUGCUUGAAUGGUGGCGUGAUGCAGCUGCCCAGGACGAGAAUAUUGUGCUUAGACCUGGGAAGUCGCUGUUGUGGGCCGCCCAGCACGGCCAGGUUGACGUCAUACGUUGGUGGGUGGCCUCUGGCAUUCCUGUUGCCAAUGGAGACGGCGUAGCAAAAAUUGCUUCACGAUGGGGUCAGGUCGGCGUUCUCGAACUUUGGAGGAAGCUAAAGGGCGACGACAAGCUCGCUUUCGACGGCGAGGUCCUCGUUCAACCUACAAUCCAUCAGCACAUUGGGGUUCUGGAGUGGUGGCGCAAGUUCGCAUAUGGCGAGCUUGAAGGAAUGGAAGGGCGGAAACACCGCGUCGAAUACCGAACCUGCGAUAUCGAAGAGGCCUUGGAAGACAGUAUCGGCGAUCAAGAGCCGGUGCGGAAGUGGUGGGCCAGCAACGGGCUCAAUCUGAGUAUUCGUAAUCUUGAGUGGAUGAGGCCCAGGUAUCUGUAG